AUGGGCGAAGCUUUGGAAGCAAGCGGAAGUGAAGAAGUGUCACUGAACAAAAAAUUCAGUCAUUGUGAAGAUGUAAUUGAAAAGCUUGAAAGUGGAAUAAGGUCCCUGUUUCAGGAACAAUUAAAGAAAUGCGAGGAAGUGUUAAAGGAUAUUACUAGAGAAGUGUAUGCACGUUCUCUUUUCAGCUCGAAUGAGACUGUGGCUGAUGUACCUACAAGUUCAUUACCUUUUUUUCUGGUCCCUUCAUUUUUAGCUUCGAUUGCGCAAAACACUAUAAGUGAUCCGGAAGAAAGACUUAGCAACUUAGAUAGAGCUAAGAUCUACUUACGUGAUUUUUUGGACCGCUUGCGUUCUUACGAAAUAAUUGAUUUCACCCUCCCUUGGUCAAACGUUGACGACGAUAGCGAUCACUCUGAUGCUAAGCGAAUACUUCGAUUGGAUCCUUCUGAAAGACGUAAUGAAAAAAUAAGACGCUUUCAUGAACAAAAGGAGCUUCAAGAAAAUUAUGAAACCCUGAAGGCACGCCAGGCACUAGCGAGUGAAGAUGAUUCGUUAAUGCGUGAAUUGUUAAUUGCUCGGCUGCGACUUGCUGCAAAUAAAGCUAUGGAGGAACUUGAUCACAUUGAAGAAGAACGGCCAUUAGCCCAAAGAAUGGCUAUGAUCAGAAAAGGUGAAACGCAACCGGAACCUCGGAGACCACCAGCUCCUCAACCGCGAAAGCCAUUCAUAAUAACGCGCGACAAGUUGCAAAAAGAGGUUUUUGGUCUUGGGUAUCCCAGCGUCCCUGUUAAAACAGUAGAUGAAUGGUACGAUGAAAUGGUAAAACAUGGAGGAAAGCCAGAAUCUACUGAAGGUAAAGAAAAGAUCCCUGAUAGCGACGAUGACACUGAAGAGGCGGAAGAAAUCCGCAGAAGACGAGCGCAGAGGUGGGAUGAAUACAAAGACAGUCAUCGUCGUGGAUGGGGUAAUACGAAGAAUAAAGGUUGA